AUGAUUGACUUGACAACAUUGAACGACCUGCUCUUCGACCAAAACAGUGGGUUACUCCUCUCCAUCUGCCAAAACUUAAUCUACAAUUUGGACGACCCACUUUGCUUGAAAAAUGCAAUGACGAUAGUCUCAUAUUUCCACUCCUUCAAUAAAACAAACUUUUUGUUCCAUUGGGGAUACAAACAGGAAUUCUUACACACUGAAAACACAUACGAAGACUCAAUUAACCACUUCUUUUCAAUUUUUAACCGCGCCUAUGCUUGCAACGAACUCAACGCCUUCAACGCAAAGAGUUACAGAACACUCCUCAACGAAAAAAGCCUCUUCUCCGACCUUGACCCGAAAUACCAUUUUGUCGACAACGACGACUACACCGACGAUAUGUACAAAAAGUCUCUUUCGUCGUUCAAAGCACUUCAAACCCUUGCGACAAAAAUCGUCCAGCUGACAAUGGAGAACUUCAAGGACACCCCCGAGGAGUACCGGGAAAUCAUCACCUCUGUAAUUACAAACGAAGGGGAAGGGAAAGGUGUUAUCGACGACAUUGAAAAUGUUUUCAUUAAACAAGCAGUCAUCCCGUUUUUCAAGAGCCGCAGAGGGUUACUCAAAACGUACGGAAAGGAUGUCGAGAACAUCGUCGACAAAGUCAUUUUUUUGGGCGACCGUCUCGAGAAGAUGUGUUCCAACGGCGACCAAAUGGAAUUGGGCAAAGUGAUUCGAAACGCCGUUGGUGCUAGUGUCUACGACACUCUUCGCAACAAACCAGUUGAAUCGAAGGUGGAAGAAACGAUCAAAGAGCCUUACAAUUGCGAGUGGUCGAACGAGAUGACGAUGUUACUUCAAACCUCGAUCGUCCCAAUUAAGAGAGGGUUGUCUCACGACGUAUCUGACAAGCUUUCGAGGGCGCUUGAAAUACCAAAUUGUUGUUUCGACGACUUUUUGGUGUACGACAAACUCCUCCAGAACAUAUCAAACUUCACUAAAAACUACCAAAUGUACUUCUCUCAAACGUUGGAGGAUGCGAAGAAGAAGGAGAACGAAUUAAACAAACUGAAGUCGUCACUUGAGAAGGCAAAACAGGAACUGAUGCUGAAAAAGAUUAAGAACUGCGAUUUACAAAUUCAACUCGAAGAUACAAUAAAGCGAGAGGAUGAGAGGGAGAUGGAUGCAAUGGACUUCUUACGAGCAAUGGCGAGAGAGCAGAGACUGCGUCAGUCUCAACCCCUUAACAAAGAGAAGCACGAGAAGAUCGAAGUCACAAAAAUCGAAUUGAAGAAGGCAAACAAGGAGCAAAAGAAGUUAGAAAAGAAGUUAAAGAAGGACAAAAAGAAACACGACGAGCCUUUAAAACAACUUGUUGUCGAUGGAGGAAUGAAAUUAUCUGCAAACAAAGCACGUGCCGGGAGUAUGUCAUUUAGUAUUGAAAAUCCUCAUGCCCAGAAAAAGAAGAAGAUUUUGAGAGGGUUGUUUGAUAAGAAGAAAGACAAAGCAGACCAACCAUCCUCAGCAAAGACAUCGAAAAUCAGUACAGAGGAUUUGAGCUUCUCUUCAAGUCAAAUCUCCGCAUGUACAAGCGUACAAGAUUCUUGCGAUAGUAUAUACACUUUUUCGAAUUUAUCGAGUCCGUCAAUUCGUUCUGAGUGUGUCACUUCGAAUUGCUGA